GGUUUUCUGGAAGCUGGGAGCAGCAGCGCUGGAGUUGUGAGGGGGAACUAGAGCAACGGCAGCGAGCAAGGGAAAAGCCUCGCGCGUCUCAGCGAAGCCCUGCGCGUGGGUAGAAUGAGUAGAAUCAACUGAACUGCGCACUUUAAUAACAGCCUACAUUUUUAUCCCAGAAACGGAGUGUAGUUCUUUUUUUGGGCUCGACAGAAUCAAGUUAGUUAGUUUAGCGUUUAGUCGAUUUAACCCACUUGGCUCUGUGACUUAAACAGCGAUUAUUUUGGAGUUGUUUAUAACGUUUGAAUUACCUCAGCCUCGAGUGGCGGCGGGAUUAAGGGGGCCGGUAGAGAGGGAGGAGAAGGUGGGGCAGAGUGAGUCAAACGGACCGAGCGCUCACUACUGUCCGCCCGCCCGCUUCAACCGAAUCACCAACGGAUAUUUUUUCUUUCAUUAAAACCGACAGGAAUCAGUCAUUUCUUGUUUGUCGGAAUUUGUUGAGCGGCAACGUCGGCUGUCAGCGUUUCUUUUCGCCGCACAUUCCUGGUACUCUGAAGUAUCUACAGUGUAAUCCUCUGACAUAUUUACCAUUUGGACGGAUUUUUGGGGGGGAGUGUAAAUUCCCCGGUCUUGUUGGACCAUGGCCGACGACGACGUGCUCUUUGAAGAUGUUUACGAGCUGUGCGAGGUCAUUGGCAAGGGGCCGUUUAGUGUGGUACGAAGAUGCAUCAACAGAGAGACAGGCCAACAGUUUGCUGUGAAGAUUGUGGAUGUGGCCAAAUUCACCUCCAGUCCUGGCCUCAGCACAGAAGAUCUGAAGAGGGAAGCAAGCAUCUGCCACAUGCUGAAACAUCCUCACAUAGUGGAGCUUCUGGAGACCUACAGCUCUGAUGGGAUGCUCUACAUGGUGUUUGAGUUCAUGGAUGGAGCAGAUCUCUGCUUUGAGAUUGUGAAGAGAGCAGACGCUGGUUUUGUUUACAGUGAGGCAGUAGCCAGUCACUACAUGAGACAGAUCCUAGAGGCUUUGCGGUACUGCCAUGACAACAACAUCAUUCACCGGGAUGUGAAGCCUCAUUGUGUGUUGCUGGCAUCAAAGGAGAAUUCUGCUCCGGUGAAACUCGGUGGCUUUGGUGUGGCUAUACAGCUGGGAGAGUCCGGAUUAGUGGCUGGAGGCCGGGUGGGCACUCCACACUUCAUGGCUCCUGAAGUGGUGAAAAGAGAACCCUACGGGAAACCUGUGGAUGUUUGGGGCUGCGGAGUCAUCCUGUUCAUUCUCCUGAGUGGCUGCCUGCCCUUCUAUGGCACCAAAGAGCGCCUGUUUGAAGCAAUCAUAAAAGGAAAAUAUAAGAUGAAUCCCCGGCAGUGGGGCCAAAUCUCAGAGAGUGCCAAAGACCUGGUGCGCCGUAUGCUGAUGCUGGACCCUGCAGAGAGGAUCACAGUAUAUGAAGCUCUCAACCACCCCUGGCUCAAGGAGAGAGACCGCUAUGCCUACAAGAUCCAUCUUCCUGAGACAGUCGAGCAGCUGAGGAAGUUCAAUGCCAGGAGGAAACUAAAAGGUGCAGUACUUGCCGCAGUUUCCAGUCACAAAUUCAACUCUUUCUAUGGCGACCCACCUGAAGAACUGCCUGACUUCUCUGAGGACCCUACUUCAUCAGGACUUCUAGCAGCGGAAAGGGCUGUGUCACAAGUGCUAGACAGUUUGGAGGAAAUCCAUGCGCUGACGGACUGCAGUGAGAAAGACCUGGACUUUCUACACAGCGUCUUCCAGGACCAUCACCUCCACACAUUGCUUGAUUUGUACGACAAGAUAAACACCAAGUCUUCACCACAAAUCAGGAAUCCUGCAAGUGACGCAGUUCAGAGAGCCAAAGAGACCUCCGCCGAAGACGGGUCGAGCACGGCUUUGAAACAUCUGGAAUAUGUACUGGAGGAGAUUUCAUGCUACCCGGAGAAUGCAGACGCUAAAGAACUGAGACGGAUUCUAACCCAGCCCCAUUUCAUGGCCUUACUUCAGACUCAUGAUGUUGUUGCACAUGAGGUAUACAGUGACGAGGCACUGAGGGUCACCCCACCCCCCACAUCACCAUAUCUCAACGGAGACUCACCUGAGAGCACGAACGGAGACAUGGACAUAGAGAACGUUACACGAGUGCGCCUGGUUCAAUUCCAGAAAAACACAGACGAACCGAUGGGUAUCACGUUGAAAAUGAACGACUUGAACCAUUGCAUCGUGGCAAGAAUAAUGCAUGGAGGAAUGAUCCACAGACAAGGAACUCUGCAUGUUGGAGACGAGAUCCGGGAGAUCAACGGCAUAAGUGUAGCAAAUCAAACGGUGGAGCAGCUUCAGAAGAUGCUUCGGGACAUGAGAGGCAGCAUCACCUUUAAGAUUGUCCCAAGCUACCGCACACAGCAGUCGUCCUGUGAGAAAGAAUCCCCCUCCACCUCCAGACAGUCCCCUGCUAAUGGCCAUUCCAGCAUUAACAGUUCUAUCUUGGACUUGCCGUCAACCAUCCAGCCAAAAGGACGCCAGAUCUCCAGACCUCCAAUCAAGGAUAAAUUUUCCAUCAAGAUCUAUGUACGUGCACAGUUCGAGUAUGAUCCGGUGAAGGAUGACCUCAUCCCCUGUAAAGAGGCAGGGAUUCGCUUCAGGGUGGGUGACAUAAUCCAGAUUAUCAACAAAGAUGACCAUAACUGGUGGCAAGGCAAGCUGGAAAACACCAAGAAUGGCACAGCAGGACUGAUUCCCUCACCUGAACUUCAGGAGUGGCGGGUGGCCUGUAUAGCCAUGGAGAAAACCAAGCAAGAACAGCAGGCAAGCUGUACUUGGUUUGGCAAGAAAAAAAAGCAGUACAAAGACAAAUACCUAGCAAAGCACAACGCAGUGUUUGAUCAACUAGAUCUCGUCACAUAUGAGGAAGUAGUGAAGUUGCCAGCAUUCAAGAGGAAAACAUUAGUUUUACUAGGUGCUCACGGUGUUGGCCGAAGACACAUCAAGAACACACUCAUCACCAAACACCCAGACAGAUUUGCUUAUCCCAUUCCACACACAACCAGACCUCCAAAGAAAGAUGAAGAGAACGGCAAGAAUUAUUUCUUUGUAUCCCACGACCAAAUGAUGCAGGACAUCUCCAACAACGAUUACCUGGAGUAUGGCAGCCACGAGGACGCGAUGUACGGCACGCGGUUGGAGACAAUACGCAAGAUCCAUGAGCAGGGACUUGUAGCCAUACUGGACGUAGAGCCACAGGCACUGAAGGUUUUACGGACAGCUGAAUUUGCUCCCUAUGUGGUUUUCAUUGCUGCACCAACCAUCACUCCCGGCAUGAAUGAGGACGAGUCAUUACAGAGGCUGCAGAAGGAGUCCGAGAUCCUCCAGAAGACAUAUGCACACUAUUUUGACCAAACCAUCAUCAAUAAUGAGAUUGACGAGACUAUUCGGCUCCUGGAGGAAGCCAUAGAUCUGGUUUGCACCACGGCCCAGUGGGUUCCAGUGUCCUGGGUCUACUAAAACAACAAACCUAUCAACCUGUAACCUUACACCCUUCAUAACCUCACACUCUGCAGUGCAUCUCUGCAAGAAGAAAAAGAAAAAAAACUUGCAACUUUCCCAUGAUGCAAAUGGAAGCCCACCUCUGACGUUUAACAACAACAUCGAUGUACCUGCAGUGAGCCCAGUCUUGGCCCCUCACAGACUACCUAGACGUAGUGUUGUAUUAAUGAGAAAAAAAAUCAAUCAAAUAAAUUACUAAAUAUUGUCAUGUCUAUAUAGCUAGGAGGCAACAUUUUGUAGAUGUUUGAUUUAAAGAGACAGUAUCCUACAUUUUCCUGAAAGGAAUAUUUUUGUAGUUUUUCUGCCCAUUUUUCUGUUAGUGCCAGACUGAAAGUGCGGUAUUCCUACAGCAGUCCAUCUGUCCAGCCGUCCAUUAACUCAGCCAUCAUACAUAAUCCCACAUUAUCCCAGCUGCUUUAGCACAACCCUGCCAUUCCGCUUUCAACCCUUUGCCUUUUUUUUGGUUUGUUUUUCCCAUUUCACCGUCCUCUACACGUGGAUACUGUCUCUCUAAAGACGUACAUAAAUGUUUUAGCGAUUUGAAUGAGAUCUCAUGCAUGUGAACAUUCACGAGCGUCCAUGCUGUCAGUGUUAGCUGUGUUCAGACCGUCACCCACAGCAAAAAACAUUCCAUUCGUCUGGAUGAACACAUUCAAACAGGUGGAGCCGGUGACGAAGAGAGAGAAAAAAAAAAAAGAAGACCUAUGCACAUCCCUUGCAUUUUGGCAACUUUGUAAACAGUUUAUUUUUACCAAUCAUGUAGUAAAAUGUGUUUGUAAAUGG